AAAGGGUGGUGGUAUAAAACAGAAGGUAACAGGGUUUGGACGUGGAUGGUUCAAGCAGGCGACAACCUCGGCUCAGUGUCUCUAGGUAGCCAUGGAACAAGGAGAAGGAGGAAGCACCAGAAGGAGAGGGAAAGAGGGUGAAGCCACGCGCUACAAAGGAAUCAGGAUGAGGAAGUGGGGCAAGUGGGUCGCUGAGAUUCGAGAACCCAACAAGCGUUCACGGAUUUGGCUCGGCUCCUAUUCCACGCCCGUCGCGGCGGCGCGUGCUUAUGACACCGCUGUCUUCUAUCUUCGGGGGCCCUCCGCCCGCCUCAACUUCCCCGACCUUCUCGCCGUUGAGGGCCCUGCAGCCGCUGCCUCUGACAUGUCUGCUGCCUCCAUCAGGAAGAAGGCCACCGAGGUCGGCGCCAGAGUUGACGCGCUUCACCGCCAGCAACCGCAUGUUCCCGUCGCAGGAGAAUUUGCCGACCGGGUCGACCUCAAUAAGACACCCGAACCUGAAAAUUCGGAUUGUGACUGGGAUGGCGAUUAGAAGCUUCUACGUUGUUCUUAGCACUGAGUGUUGGGGUGAUUGCUAAUGUGCGCCCGAGGAAGUUACAGUGGAGCAAGGUGAUGAUGAUCGUGACAUGAGACCCCUUUCUGUUGUGCAACUUGUUGUUUUACUUUUUAAUCUGGAUUUCACAAAGAAAUUUUGGUGCCGUCAAAUUUUUAAAUGUAAAUUACUUGAUCAUUGCUCUUUUCCUUGUUGCUUUUCA